AUUCCUUGUAGGUUUCCUGCAGAUUUUAGCCUGUGUUGCCAAGUGUUGCAAUGGAACCGAGCUGGAGUACGUUUUUAUUUCAACAGGCCAAUGAGGCUCUACAUCACCAGCACCAAGUAGCCGGGAAUAGCCUCUUGCCUUUGCUCAGUUCUGGAACAGAGCCACCUGAUCAGAAACCAGUGCUGCCCAUUCCUCUGGAUCAGAAACCCCCUGUCAGUGCUGCUGAACUUCUGAAAGACAAUGUGGCUAGUGGGACUGGUGGGGGUGGUGGUGGAGGGCCUCCAGUAGCCGUGGUCAAAAAGGAACCUAAAUCAAAGACGCCCUUCAUCUGUGGCUACUGUAACAAGGCUUUCCGAGACAGCUACCAUCUUCGGCGGCAUGAAUCUUGCCACACUGGCAUUAAGAUGGUUUCGCGGCCUAAGAAGACACAAACCGCCCCCACCAUGGUGCCACUAAUAUCCACUGUACCACGUGAGAAUAGCGGAAACCCUUCAUACAUUACUACUGUAGCUGGUAUCCUGACUACAGCCACCACAUCAACAUCAACAGGCACUAGCAUCAUGAGCCCAAUGCAACACCAUCAGCAGCAGAGCAUUCCUAAGAAGCCCCCCAAACCGGUGAAAAAGAAUCACGGCUGCGACAUGUGUGGUAAGGCCUUCAGAGAUGUGUACCACCUCAAUCGCCACAAGCUGUCGCACUCUGAUGAGAAACCGUUUGAGUGUCCCAUCUGCCAGCAGAGGUUCAAGAGGAAGGAUCGCAUGACAUACCAUGUCCGCUCCCAUGAUGGUGGAGUUCACAAGCCUUACAUCUGCUCUGUCUGUGGGAAGGGCUUCUCCAGACCUGAUCACCUAAGCUGUCAUGUCAAGCAUGUCCAUUCCUCAGAGAGGCCCUUUAAGUGCCAAGUAACGGCCUGUACCUCCGCCUUUGCUACCAAAGACCGUCUGCGCUCCCACAUGAUUAGGCAUGAAGGCAAAGUGACCUGCAACAUUUGUGGCAAAAUGCUGAGUGCUGCCUACAUCACAAGUCACCUCAAGACGCACGGCCAGGCCAGCUUCAGCAACCCAUGUAACAAUAAAGGCAUAAGUGACUGGCAGUGGAACCACUCAGGGCCACGAAAAGGUGAGUUGACGGUAGGAGAGAUUUUAAAAAACUCCUUCCAAGUCCUAAUUGACAACUCUCACAAAGAUGCCAAUAAUGUGCACAACAACUCGGCCACUACGACACCAGUCACUAACUCGGCAGCCAUCACCUCAGCUGUUAACCGCGGUGGCAAUGCCAGCAAUCCUGUCACCAUCGCUGCUCAGAUGAACAUCGCCACCAGCACGGUCAACAUCACAUCACCGGUCAACCUGCAGCACCCUGUCACCAUCACUGGACCUGUGAACUUGGCCUCCGUCAACAUCCCUACAACAGCACACAUGAAUAUCGCCCACCCAGUGGCUAUCACUACUCCCAUGCCCAUGAAUAUCACCGGGCCACUCAACAUUGCCAUGAGGCCCAUGGAGAGCAUGCCUUUUCUAUCCCAAGUCCUGCCAUCCUCCCCUCCUUGGUAGAGCUUUUUUUUUAGCCCAUGUGUGAGCCGAUAAUGUUUUAACUGCCUAAUAAUGGAUAGGCCUGUCAAAUUUUAGUACAAUGUUCCUUUAAGUGGGUUGAUAGUGUAUUAAACUUAAAAAGGUGAUAACUAACAUAAUACAACCACAAAGAUGGUAACUGAUGAUUCUCAUUUGCAGGCGUCGUUGUUACGGCAUAAUUUGUCAGUUGUGAAUUUUAAUUGUAUUUAUAGAAGAAAAAAAUGUUUCAAAUCCCCUUAAUCAUGAUACAAAAUGAAUUGCUUGGUUUACAGUCACUCUAGGGUCAUUGUAGAUUAUUGGCCUCCAUAUGCCCUUCACAGGAGAACUAGUCUAAAGACUGGCCUAUUUUACAGAUGGGCAACAUGGAUAAACUCUUCCAUCAUAGUUUGUGUAUUUUUUAAUAUUUUAGAUAAUGUAAUAUAGGAAAUUUCCAGAAAUUUCAUAGAGAAACGUUUUAUUGACACCAGAUGGGAGUUCUUGGCUAACCCAGUAAAAUCAAAGUACUUCAUCACAUUGAUGCAAAAAAUUCUGUAAAUCAAAUAUCACUAUAAAGCAGUCCUGCACAUGGAUUUGCAACAUUGCCCACACUGGCCUAAUACACCAAAAGGGAAGAUCAAUGUAAAAGAUAUGGCAAAAUUUCUGACUGAUAACAUUUUUAUACCUUAAAUUACAUAAUGUCAUGUUGCAUAACCCUAGUCUGUGGUGUUACUCACAGCUAGUUGGCCACACUGACCAACUCUUACCUACUCAGUUGGGUUUCCGAAGGCCAAGUCAGUCUAAAAAAAAAAAAAAAAAACAAAUUUGGUCUGACAAAAAAAAUCAUAAUUUGAUGUUAUUUGCUAUUUAUUCUAUAGCUAUCAACUCUGUCAUAUGAUAGUGUCAUCAUAUGGAGGGUAGAGGACUGUAAUGACUGUGUUCAAUGAUGAUCUUAAGUGUCCAUGCAAUUGAACCCCAAUCUCCAUCUGCAAGACCAUGACAUGCAGUUAAAAGCUCUAAAAACAAGCUAGCGAGUGAUCCUAACAUUCAGAUCAUUUUGUCAGACUAUCUCCAAUGUCAAGAAUUAACUUUCACAGUUGGAUAAACUCAUUUCUUACCUCGUGACUGCUUAAAUUAUCUGAAUGAUGUCACAAACUGCCGAAGACUUCAGAUAAUUUCUUUCACAUGCCAAUGUGAAGUAAGCCAUGAUGCGGAUAAGGGUGUAUGUUUGAAAGGUGAUGUUUUUUGCAGAGCCUGUGUAAAUAUACCAUUUUAUGCCAAAGAUUUUGUAAGUUAAGUGUGUCUCCCUGAAUGCUAUAUAUUAAAAGAUAAGGAAAAACCCCUUUAAACAUCAUUCGGACAUGGGACACUUAAUUCUCAAACUUAGAGUAAUGAAAUCAGUACCUUCAGCCGCCCACCCCUCAUUACUCCAUUGUGUUACCAACUCUGGAACAGUGUGGGGAGGUGGUGGGCUCUCCAACAUCUACUGGUGUUUACCCAGUUAUGUUGAAAUGUUUUCUCUUUCUCAAUACCCCUUAUAUUAUUGCAAUAAUAAUUCAACUUCAUGCAUCAGUUUAAUACAUACAAUACAAUGUGUACAUUAUUGUUAAAUGCUUGCAGUACUGGAAGGUUAUCACAACAACAAAUUUCAUUAUAUUUUCAAACCAAAAUAGAAUUUUCUUCCACUUUGAUGCGGUUUAAAAUUAUUGGGCAGUUACUACAAUAUUAGCUGCUACAUGUUCACCCAUUUUGUGUUUGUAUUUAUCCCCUUGCUGACCCCUUUUUCCAAACUUGAAUAGUGUAUUUUACUAUGACAGGUAGUUGAGGGUGAGCCGGCUCAUUGCAUUAGUGUUGGCAGUAACACAAUAUGCUGUGGAGAAGCAAACCCUUUUAGAGCCCCUUUUCAACAUUCAUUAAAUUCUUUUUAGCCACUGAAGGACAGUGUAGGUCUUCUAAAGGUGCCCAGUUGAAAAUGAUUUCCUUAACUAGGCACCUGACUUCAUACAUUUGGGAAGCGCGAUACCUUACUAUACCUAAGGCAUUGUUUAACAACUCCUUAAAAUGGAAGUAUAUUGCUGGAGUAGUUCUUAAAUGCUUCCUCUUAAGGCAAAUUUAGUUUCAUGUUCUUUUUUCUAUUGUUCUUUUAGUGGACUUAUCAGUGUUUGAUAGUUUAUGUACUUCAAAUUUUAAUUACAAACAAACAAAGCUUCCAUUUCGGGGAGGGUGAAUGAUAUCGUGGAUUUCACUGAUGGUUCAGAGGCUGUUUAGAUCAACCGUCAACUCCCCACUUGUGUGUAUUUUAAAACAGCUGGAAACCAGUCACUUGUCACUGCGGAAUGCUCUACACACAAAUUUAUCUGUGACAGCUGUGUGGGAAUUUUUGUAUGUAUUUAUAUUAGGACAUGGCAGUUGAAGGUACAACAAACGGGAGCUGUCUCGUACUGAAAGCAUGUCUCUUAGGUUUUGCCCUUAAAAUGGCAGUAUUAUCAAAGGUCAAAUGAUUUUAAAUUUUGAUAACUGAGGGCUUUUUAACUGUAGAGGUCAAGAGAGCCAAAACGCGCUCAAAAGCAGUCCCAAAGUUAACUUUUGUGGUAUGUUCAGUUGGUUAGGUUGUUUACUUUAACAGGUAUUGGAUCCCAUCACUGUCAGUCAAACUCAGGAAGGUUACUGAGAAAAGUCUUUUAACACCAUGUUCAACAAUUUACACACUGACCAUUUCUUUGUAAAUAUGAAACACUAAUUUCAUUGCCUUUUACCUGUGGGAGAGGGAACCUCUCUCUACUUACCACAGGCUAGUAAUGCAAGAACUAUAUCACCUCUGAUGUGGCCGUCCAUCCAGGAGAGGACAGAGAAAUUAGAGACUAAUUAGGGAGAGGCUGGUGCCCAAAAGGCUGAAAGCCAACAAUUUAUCCUACUUACAAGUAUGGCUUGAUGUAGCUCAUGUUGUCAAUACCAUACCAUUGUUGUUCAAAAACUAUUGAAAAUACAUGACGGAGCCAUGCAGUUGAAUUGGUUGACAUGCUGCUUCGGUGUAGUUUAUUCUCCCCAGAUUGUGAAACAAGCUGGUUCCCAGUGCUUGUCAUCUGCUCCACACAGAUUCUUUCAGAAUCAACCCAGCUAAUGCUAUUCUCAUUAAAGGAACAUGUCACCCAGUGCAGCGAUAUGGCUCUUGUUUGUAUUUGUAUUUGGAAAGCAGUACAGUUCUGUGGUACAGUGUCAGCAAUAUCAGGCUGUAACUACACAGAUCAUACCUGUCAGCAGGACAAACUGAUGGUUGGUCGUCUUAAUUAUAAAUUAUUAGAAAGAGACAAUAACUCCAGCCUUAUCCCUUUUUAAGAUACGUUUUCUCUGUAGGUCUCGCUUGCAUAGCUCAGUGUUGUUGUUGUUUUUUAUUUAUUUAUUUUUUUUAAUCCUGACAGUUUAUCUUUACUGGAAAAUUGAGGCUGUGAUCACAAAGGAGGCUUUAUUUUUAUUUUUCCGUUCAAAGCUCAGGUGUACCCAAAAGAGCAAGAUGUCAGAGGGUGGAAGCAGCAUUAGUCAUGCUGCUUAGCAACACAAGGGUUGACAGUUUGCAGCCUUGUACAUCCAGUGACAAGUAAAAUUGUGACCUUGCCCCAGCAAGUUGCAGCCCCACAUCUCUCCCUGUGUGGAUAUUUGCAUGCAUGUUACUGCAUAAAUGAGUGCAUUCAAUAAUUCCAUUUUCAUACAUGCUUUCUGUGUGAAGUCAUUACUGAGAAUGGGUGAGAAUGAAGUGGCAACCACAGACGUGAAUAAUGAUAGGGCCAGAAUGCACCUCCUCAUUAAAACAUCAGUGAUGGCACUUGCUAUAUAAAAUAAAAAGAUUUUGGGUGAUUUGGGCCAUUGCAAAAGUCACCUGUCCUCUUCUUGUGCACCACAACUGUCUUGUGGUGUUAGCUGUACUACUAAGACAAAUAUCAGGACACCAUGUGUAUUGCUUUCUUGCCAGUUGUACUGACUGGAAUAAGAAACCUGGCUCUUGAUCAGGCCUAGUAUGUCUAAUGGAUCCUGAUUCCAGUUGUACUACACAUUGGUUUUAUUUGGGUGUUUCAUAAAUAAGUACAGGGGUUCAUUGUGCAUUCAGCUGACAUAAAUAGGCCUCUGAAGGUGGACACCUUGAUGCCAUAGAAGACCAUAACAUUAGCAGAUAAAGGUCAUCCGUCAUGUGAGCCCACAGAGAACCAGAUACUUUGAAUGGGAAAAUGGUCAGAGGAUCUCUGAGAUGAAAUGGUGAAUAGGCCACCACAGUUGCCUGUGUUAUUCAGCUGUUUGAGGAGAUGAUGAUGUAUGCAGUGUAUCAGUAGAAUGGACCGUCUACCUCCAACCUUGGGUGCUGAUGUUUGCAUGGUCAGGUUCAUCAUUGAAACGCUGAAGGUCUGUCACUGUAUAUUUGGCAGUUGUCAGGGCAAGAGCUGAACAGGUGGUUUGUUUGUUUUUUGGUCAAUGAGUGUAAAAGAAUUAUUUUUACAAAGAAGGCUGUAUGACAUGUCAUCUGACCAUGUCUAAAGACACAAGUGUUUCUACAUGUUCUGAAAGGCCAUACUGGAAGGCAUGGUGAAAAGCAUGCCAUCAUAGCUGCCUCCUGACUUUGAUCCACAGCCCAAUCUCUUGAAGAACUCUGUCUUUUGCAUGUCUAUGUGGCCUCCAUGUCACGAAUCAUAUUAAUGGGGAUAGCUGACCACAUAUUCAGACACUCUCCUUAAAAGGCAUUCAUGGUGUUGCACUUCAUUGUUCCCAUGAAAAGUAACAGGUAGUUGUGUGACAAUUUAAGAAGAGUACAAAACCCUGCCUACUGUCACACCUUCACACACUUGGCCCAUCACUGUGAAAAGUGGGUGUAGUAGUUGGAUUGUCCUUUGAAGCAUACUGAGGCUUUAAUUGUAAGCUAUUUAAUGUGUAAUAUAAAAUGCACAUAACCACAUCUCCCAUUAAUAGAAGACAGGGGGGAAGAUCAUUAAUUGAAUCAUCUUACAGUAGCUCUAUCUAGAGUCACCCAGUAAGGGUUGUUAUGUGGCUAAAGUUGAGACGAUCAACGUGCAUGCAUUGAGAACAAAUUUACAGAAAGCACAAGGUCUAGAACUCCUCUGAAUAGGUUAGAGACGUGUGCUAGUCAUGACUCUGGAGAGUAACUGGACAAAGGGACGAACACGUUAACAAGUCUCUUUUGUGAUCUCAGCCUCAAUAGUUCCUGCACCAGACUUGGAUACUGUCCCACAGUUCCUUUACUGUGUGUGUCUUGGGCAAGUGAAUUAGUUUGUAGAUGUGAAGCCUUUUUGCAGAUAAAGGCCUUUUUUCAGUGCAGGAACUCUAAAGCACUUCGCAGCAAACUGUAGGUUGUGCACACUACAGAAGAGUGGUACUUAGAGGGGCAUUUCUAUUAGGUGGAAUGAAACAAUGUUUUACAGUUCACUUGGCCACAUCUGCAUUUUUGCAGCCCAGGUGUUUUGGCCCAAUAAUUUCAUUGUAUGCAUGCCAACUAUGUCCACCAAAGGAAGUGCUCUAAUGUGGAAUGGCAUUAUGAUCUUGGAAAUUUAUUCAUUUCCCAUCUUCUUUUUUAAUUUCUUUUCCAAUGUUGCAUGUGGAUGACUGAGCUUGUCCAGUGUAGGUUUGAAUUCAACAACAGUUAUUAGAAGGCUAGUGACUUUUUAUGAAAACAAAACACUAAAAAAAAUUAGGGUGAAAGGAAGUUUGUUGUGUCAUUUGUCCUUCUCCAGUGGCCGUAAACAAGUGUGCCUGAAAUUCUUUGCAAGACUUUUCCACACGUAAAUGCUUCCUCCUCUAGAUGUGCUGUGUGAUGGAAUAGUUUUGUGAAGGUAGCCUUCAUCAGUUCAGAUUGCCGAGGGCCCCACAUGUCUGAGAGCCAAACUAUGUUGUGAUUAGUUUUUUUUAUUUACAUCUAAUGAUUGUGAAGUUAUCACGUUCUACUUCAGGAACAACCUUGAAACAUGAAUUGAGGUCUUUACUUGACUCAAGGUCAUGCAAAUAUAUCAGUGACAUUUAACCAUGUGGUUUAAUUUUUAAAAUUUGACUCCAACCUAAUGUGAAAAGCAAAUCUUUUAUUUGGCCAAAUAAUGAUUUGGAAGACAAUUUUUAUUUUUUAUUUUUUGUGAAGUUUGUUUGAUGAAUUUGGCAGAUGUGAAGGCAAAUGAAUGUAUAUCUUUGUACAAACCAUUUAGUUCAGAGGACAUGUUAGUUGUGACAAACACAUGCAAGUAAAAAAACUUUUAUAAAUCUUUUUGUAUUAGAACAUUAACAAUGGUAAUUUUUGUAUAUACAAAAGCUAGGCUUUCUGAUUAGCAGAAAGGUAAAACAUUCCUACAUUUUUUUUAAAUGUAUGUCCAUUGAGAAUAAUUAUGGAAACAUAUGCGCAAUGUUUUAUGUGCCUUUUAUUUGGGUUUGUCUAAAUAAAAGAAAACAAUAAAACAUGAUUGUGGACUGUCCAUGCUGAGUCCCACAGAGGAAAGUCAAUACUGUCCAUCUCAGCCGAAUCUCCGGACUGACCCCCAUGCACUCGAGACACUCUCCUAGUUCUGGAGAGAUGUACUCCUUUCUGGUCUUAGUUGCUUUUCCUAGCUUUAGUUAAGGUUUCUGGGAGGCUGAGAUGGUUCUGAAGUCCCUGGUCUGUGUGGAUGUUUCUGAUGACCAGGCUCUGCAGUGUCUUCACUGGCUCACAGUUGGCCUGCUCAUGACGAAAGUGCCUCUGUGACUUUGCAUAUUGGAGUGGAUUGUGGGGGAUUUGUGCCAAAUCAUGGUCUGUAUGUGACAACAAAAACAUUUCGGUGUUUUUUUCAUUCUUUAUUAAACUUGGAAAA